AUGAUCAAUGCCAUCCUCAAGCUUCUGACGAGUGUCAAUGCGGUUGCUGUGAUGCGACCAGUCUCGCCCUCUCGACCCUUCGGAGACGGGCUGUUGAGCUCGCAGGAGCUAUUCUCAGGAACUGAGGCACUUGAUGCCCUGGUCAAACUCAACAAAUUCCGACUUGUACACACUGUCUCCGGCUCCGACGAGACCCUCGCGCCGAUCCUCCUGACUGCUCACCAAGACGUCGUUCCAGUCGAGAGAGACACUCUAGACCGGUGGGAGCACCCGCCAUUUGACGCCUACUACAAUGAGACAGACGGGUACCUUUGGGGCCGCGGAGCCUCCGAUGACAAGUCCGCCAUCAUAGCCCUCAUGUCCGCCAUGGAAGCUCUCCUUUCCCAGGACGAGUACCAGCCUCGCCGCACGGUCGUGUUUGCUUUCGGGUUGGGCGAGGAGUGCUCCGGGCACCGAGGAGCCGGCGAAAUCUCAGAGUACCUCGAGGAAAAGUACGGAGAAGGCGGAGUUGCUGUCAUCCUCGAUGAUGGCGGCGCCGGUCUGCAGAGCCUGGGUGACACAAUGCAUGCGCUCCCGGCCGUGUACGAGAAGGGUUAUCUAGAUGUAUGGUUUGACCUUGAUGUCGUAGGUGGGCAUAGUUCCACCCCUACGCUGCACACCGCCAUUGGGAUCAUAUCAGAGAUUGUCAAGUCACUGGAGUCGCACCCAUUCAACCCGAGAUCCAAGAACGCAGACAGUGUCGGCGGGAUACAAGACAGAAUCGUCAGGCUUGUCGAUGACGUUGCCCAGAAGUACAAGCUCCAGCUGAAAGCCUUCGAAGGUGAUAAAGACUACGAAGACUAUCUUGCCGCGAAAGGAAUGACACCUUAG